AGAGAACGGAUUCUGAGACCUGACCAUCGCUCGUAGAUGGCUUCUGCCUCCGAUACGUCGGUCCAUAUUGACUCGUGAUCCCAACACGCACCGUCUUUUCCGAUCUACAUCUGACGACCAUGGUACAAAUAGCCGGGCUGGACAUUAAUGUGCAUUAUUCUCAAGGAACAGGGAUAGUUCCGUUCUCCUCUGAAAAUGCGCUGCGCUGGGGUGCUGUCCGUAGUCCUUGCUGCCUUUAGUCUGGCAUCUGUCGUACAGGCAGAUUCGCCACAGGUUGUCGACCUUGGAUAUGCGAUCUACCAAGGAACAUUCAACUCUACAUCUAACAUAACGGAUUUCUUUUCUGUUCGUUAUGCAGCGCCUCCAGUUGGAAAACUUCGAUUCCAAGCCCCGGCACCACCGCUCAACAUGCGGGCACAAGGCGUGCAACUUGCGAACACGCAACCCCCGGCAUGCCCUAUGGCUGGGCAGGGUAACAAUAUAACAACCCCAUUCCGAGGAUUGUCGAACAAUAAUCGCAGGCAGACUACGAAGAUCGAGGAUUGUCUGUUCUUAAAUGUUCAUGUUUCUGGAGAAAUAAAUCCCAAAGCGCGCAUGCCUGUCGUGUUUUGGAUUCAUGGAGGCGGUUACGUUGCGCUUAGUACGGCCGGGAUGGAUGGAGCUGAUCUUGUCAGAGAAGCUGGCGGAGGUAUCGUCGCUGUGGAACUUGAAUACCGCCUGGGCGUGCUUGGGUUCCUCCCUGGAUCUGAAGUGAAAAAGAACGGUGCAUUGAAUGCUGGCUUGCUCGACCAGCAAUUCGCGCUGCAAUGGAUACAAAAGAACAUCCACCUAUUUGGCGGUGACGCAAAUCGAGUAACGAUCUGGGGAGAGUCGGCAGGUGCUGGGUCGGUACUUCAGCACCUGGUCGCACACGGCGGAAACACACAACCACCUUUAUUCCAUCAGGCGAUCACGAGUUCCACAUUCUUACCCUCGCAGUAUAACUUCAACGAUCUAGUCCCGGAGAAACUUUAUUCCGAAUUCGUGCAGAUGACUGGUUGUGCCAACGCUAAUGACACCUUCCAGUGCCUCGUUGAUGCUGAUGCUGGAACACUCGAAGGCGCAAACGUUGUGAUAAACGAAUCCGGCUUUUUCGGAACAUUCGUCAUGGUCCCAGUAGUUGAUGGAGAUUUGAUUGUUGAACGACCCAUCCAAACCAUUGAACGUGGAAGGCUCAAUGUGAACACAUUCUUAGCGAUGACCAAUGCUUUCGAGGGCACAAUUUUCGUCGAUGCGAACUUCUCUGCUCAGAUGACGGUCACGGAUUAUGUUACCCAGCUCUUCCCUCUGUUUAACCAAACGCAAAUCGGGGAAGCCGUGCAGCAAUACACGAAUAUUGGGCUGAACACCGUCAACGAUCAGGCAAUCGCGAUCAUGGGAGAGUCUAUCUUCGUCUGUCCAACGUAUCGCUUGCUUGCGGCGUUCCCUGGGCGCUCUCGCAAGGGCUUGUUUGCUAUUCCGCCUGGUGAACACGGCAAUGAUGUCGCUUAUUACUUCCCAGGAACCACCGGCCCGCCGUUUAAUAACCCCCAGUUCUCCGCUUCUUUCGCUGGCUCAUUCCUCGGAUUCGUCAAAUUUGGAGAUCCCAACACGCAUCCUGUUGCCAACGAUAUAACUCCGAACUGGGAGCUAUUCAAUCAAGGCAAUACGGAGAUGCUCUUCAAUAGGACGGAAGACUUCCAGCCGGAUAUACUGUCAUUUACUACCGACCCGGGCUUGCUGGAGCGAUGCGAAUUCUGGAGGAGUGUAGCACCGUCAAUCCCGCAAUGAUUAUUUAUAUCAUGUUUUACGGCUGAAUUACGGACGCGUAUCUAUCUUAAC